AUGUUAGAACAAGAGGUUUAAGAAAUCAAUAGUUUAGUAAAUCUUGAGAAUUAAAAUCCUGAAUUAAAUGCUAAAAUUUUAGGAAAGACAUUAUUCCAUGAAAAGUAAAAGGAAUUAUUUGAGAAAAGAUUACAAGUCUCCAUUAGAGAUGAUUAAAAAAUUUUCGCAGCAACAUAAUUGCCUUUUUUAUCUGCGAUUUUAUUUGAAGAAUUAAAAUCUGAGGGUCGUAAUAAUAGUUAAAAACCAUUAUAGGAUUGGAAACUAGUAGCAUUAAUUUUUGGUUUUUAGGUAGGCGUAGAAAUUGGUCAAUAUUACAAAGGAGAAAUUUCUGGGAAAAUGCUUGCAAGAAGAAUUGCAAUAAAUUCUAUUUAAAUGGGAGCUAAUGCAAUUUUUUUCAAUUAAGGAGCGGAAAAAUGCGCAAAAGGAUGCUAAUUUAUUUUCUUAGAAGCAGGCAAACAUUUAAAUGCACCUUUAUCAACGGUAUGUCCUAUGUUAGGUACUUGGGUUGGAGAGUAUAUUGGAUUAUUCGCUGCUGUGUAUGGAUCCAUAAUAGUUAGGUGUUUGACCGGUCUGUUAGCAGAUUUAGUUUGUGAUACCUAUUCAGAUGUUGAGUUCAUUCACAAAAAUAAGAUAAAUGAGCGCUAUUAAAGCUGA